AUGGUUUCAAGGCAUCGAUCAGAGUUGGGACAACUGACGAAAGUGAUUACCAGAACUUAUCAUCCAGUCAACAGGUUAGGAGAAGGUGCUAGAGGGAAUAAGUUUUUAAGUACUCAAGAGAGGUUUAAGUCAAGCUAUGUUGGUAGUUUAGCUCGCAGAGUACGCGACACAGAUGAAGCUAGUGAAGUUGCCCAUCUAAAAGAACUUUACCAUCGGAGUGAUUAUGAAUCAGUGAUAAGAUUUUUUGAAAGUCAGCCAUCAUUACAUUCUAACCCUUCAGCACUUUCUGAAUACGUCAAAGCAUUAGUCAGAGUUGGCAGGCUGGAUGAGAGUGAGUUACUCAAGACAUUACAGAGAGGUGUCGCUAACUCUGCACGGGAGGAAGAAAACAUAGGUGGCUUCUCAGUUCUCAGGAGUGUCGGAAAAUCAUCGAAGGAUGGUAUUCUUGGAACUGCAAGUGCUCCUAUUCAUAUGGUGGCCACAGAAGGAGGUCAGUUUAAAGAGCAGCUGUGGCGUACUGUUCGCACUAUUGCACUAGCCUUUCUUUUGAUAUCUGGUAUAGGAGCACUCAUUGAGGAUAGAGGAAUAAGCAAAGGACUUGGACUAAAUGAGGAGGUUCAACCUAGCAUGGAGUCUAACACAAAAUUUAGUGACGUAAAGGGUGUUGAUGAGGCUAAAUCGGAGCUAGAGGAAAUUGUUCACUAUCUUCGAGAUCCUAAGCGUUUCACUCGUCUAGGAGGCAAGCUCCCAAAAGGUGUUUUGCUUGUCGGCCCACCUGGUACUGGAAAAACAAUGUUAGCAAGAGCUAUUGCUGGAGAAGCAGGGGUACCAUUCUUCUCAUGCAGUGGCAGUGAGUUUGAAGAGAUGUUUGUUGGUGUUGGAGCUCGAAGGGUGAGGGAUCUUUUUGCAGCUGCAAAGAAGCGGUCCCCGUGUAUAAUAUUUAUUGAUGAGAUAGAUGCAAUAGGAGGAAGUCGAAAUCCAAAGGAUCAGCAGUACAUGAAGAUGACUCUCAAUCAGUUGCUUGUUGAACUUGAUGGUUUUAAGCAAAAUGAAGGGAUUAUUGUUAUUGCAGCUACUAAUUUCCCAGAGUCCCUGGACAAGGCAUUGGUGAGACCUGGACGGUUUGAUCGGCACAUUGUUGUUCCUAAUCCUGAUGUUGAAGGGCGGAGGCAGAUUAUGGAAGCGCACAUGUCUAAGGUUCUGAAGGCUGAAGAUGUUGAUUUGAGUAUCAUUGCUAGAGGAACUCCGGGGUUCUCCGGCGCAGAUCUUGCAAACUUGAUCAACAUAGCUGCUCUGAAGGCUGCCAUGGACGAUGCUAAAGCAGUGAAUAUGGCUGAUCUUGAGUAUGCAAAAGACAAGAUUAUGAUGGGAAGUGAGCGCAAGUCGGCUGUUAUAUCUGAUGAGUCAAGAAAGCUAACAGCUUUUCAUGAGGGUGGCCAUGCACUUGUGGCCAUCCACACUGAUGGUGCUCAUCCAGUUCACAAGGCAACAAUAGUUCCUCGGGGUAUGUCACUUGGCAUGGUUGCCCAGUUGCCCGACAAGGAUGAGACAAGCGUCUCCCGGAAACAGAUGCUUGCACGGCUCGAUGUUUGUAUGGGAGGGCGGGUUGCAGAAGAGCUCAUCUUUGGCGAAAGUGAAGUCACUUCUGGUGCAUCUGAUGAUCUCCGGCAAGCAACUUCGCUUGCUAGAGCAAUGGUUACAAAGUACGGUAUGAGCAAAGAAGUUGGGCUCGUCAGCCACAAUUAUGAUGACAAUGGGAAGAGCAUGAGCACAGAAACUAGGCUGCUUAUCGAAGAAGAAGUGAAGAACUUCCUGGAAAGGGCAUACAACAAUGCAAAAACCAUCCUUACCUCACAUAGCAAGGAGCUCCACGCCCUUGCUAAUGCUUUACUAGAGCAGGAGACACUGACUGGAACUCAGAUCAAGGCCUUGCUUGCGCAAGUAAACUCUCAACAGCAGCAACAGCAACAACCACACCAGCAAGUAGUUGCAGCAAAGAAUAGCUCACAGUCAAAAGUGCCACCCUCAACACCCAACGCAGCUGCGUCUGCUGCUGCUGCAGCCGCCGCAGCUGCAGCGGCUGCAACUGCUGCAGCCAAGUCAACAGGCAUUGCUCCUGUGGGAUCUUAG